AUGCGAUUCCCUCUAUCUCGAGCCCCGUUUGGCAACUACCCAACGUUGUCAGCCGCUCAAACCCAGAGCAUCGAGUUUCUCGUUCAGCAGACACUCGAUGAGACCUUGGCCGAGUACGAGACGCAUCGGCAUCACCACCGGCGCUUACUGCCGCGGUCUCAAUACAAAGUCGUCAAGCGCGUGGAGAACCUCAUUUGUUACCGUCAUCGGUCGAGCGGCGUCCAACCUGAGAAAAGUGAGGCCGGCACGCCGCUGUGGCCGAGUCCGAACUCGUCGUCGUCAACCUCCGACUCGUGCUCGGAGGUUGACCCGAGUGAGGCCUCACUUGCAACAAGUUCUCGGUCCCCGAAACUCUUGACCAUCGGGUCAAUGGCCGGGACGCUCGACGACGUCAUGUACGGUUUACUCGCGACGGACGCGACGUCGACGUUCAUCCGGGCGUCGUACACGAACGAAGAGCUCGUGGACUCCGAGCUCUUGCACUGCAUUGAGGUUCCAACCGUCGACAACCCGUUCCAGUUCUGCGGGAUCAAGUGGCACGUGCUGGAGCUGACCAAGAUCACGACGAAGCGGGACUUUGUCUUUAUUGAGGCGUCCGGCGUCCUCGUGCGUCCGAACGGCGACCGCCUCGGGUACUACGUCACGCACUCGGUGGAUCUCCCUGGUCUCGGGGCCUUGUCGGAGAAACACCAAGUGCUACGGGCGCGCGUCGCGUCGUGCAACCUCUUCCAGCAGCUCUCCAACAACACGGUCGACGUCUACAUGACGGGGCUCGUCGACUUGAGCGGCUACAUCCCAUGCGCCGUUGCCACGGCUUCGACCGUGAGUACGUUCUUGAAACUUGCCCUUGCGGUCGAGUGUUCCCUCAGCAAGAAGCUCGAGUACCUGCUCGAGCAGCAGCAGUUCAAGCGUGCGAACGGCGGCCUCAGUCAUGCCGUUAACACCACGAGCACGUUGACCGUCACCUCGGGCAAGCGGUUGAAAGCGACCGGAUCAACCGAGCCUUGCGCCGUGUGCGCGACCGCCUUGCAUCGGUUCCGCAGUACUGCGUACUGUGAGCUGUGCUCGGAAGCCGUGUGCUCCCGGUGUCGUGUGACCAAGCGCCUGAGCUACCGCGUCGCGCGACCGAAAGAGCUCAAGCAGAAAAACACCAUCUUCUGCACGGCGUGUGUGGCCAAGGGCUCGAUCUAUAGCGCCGCGGACGUCGCGCGCGUGGAAUUGAACGCGCAGUCGGCAUUGAGGACGAAGACGAGCAGUAGCAAAGGGGAUGAAGUGGCGGGGAAUCAACUGCACCGGUUCCUAUCGAGUCCGACGCUUUCUAGUUACACGACGGCGUCGUCUUCUUCCUUGGCUCACUCGAGGCUUCAGACGCCAUUAGAAGAGGAGGAAGGUCAAGAUCAGGAUGAAGAUGAGCUGGAGCUGUACGCUCGACGAAGGAGUCUGAACAUGGACGACCUGGACUUACCCGGUCGAAAGCGGACAUUGAGUUGUUGCCCGCCUGGGCUGGACGACUGGAACGAACAGCUCGAUGAGUCCGAGUUUACGGGCAGCUAUAGCUCUUCGAGCGACUACCUGGACAGCGACUACCUAGACAGCGACUACCUCGUGAACGACUGGUACGAGCACGAAGCAGGUCGAAGGAAGACCCAGCCCUCGGAUGCGUUCUCGGACCUGCCCGAGUGCGAGUCCGUCAAUCCGCUCGCGUCGUCAAUGCCCCUGAAGAAACCGACGACGACCAUGACCACGACCACGACCUCCUCGUUGUCGUCGAUGGAAACCGAAGAGCGACGACAGCGCGACCUCAUUCGACGGAUGGAGGAGCUGCGGCGAAAUGCCGAGAGUGUGUACCAACUCACGCGGCGGAAUGCACAGACGAUGCGGUUUGGCGGACGUGACAUGGAGGUCGCGACCUAUUUGCACCACGACAGUCGAGUCGGCCAUCGACCUGGAGGGACAGCUCCGUUCCAGUUAGAAGGCGAACCUUGUUACAACUAG